CAUUUUAAUUGUUUUUGCAAAUUACUGUUGCAAAAAAGUCUCGAAAGUACACGAAGCUAUUGAACUUUUCAUACCUGAAGCAAUCACGCCACUAUCGUCAGACUAAUUUUUAUUGGGUUUUAAUGGAUUGAAAAUUCAUGUGGUUACAUGAACCGAACUUUAAUGUUCAACAAAAAAUCUAGAAUCAUUUUGAUAAAUUACAAAUAUAGUUUUCAGCUGUCAAAAAAUUGAUCGCAAAAAUGAGAAGUUUUCAAGUGGCUUUUGCUGUUUUGUGUUUCACCAAGUUUGUGGUCGCACACAAAUGGUCAUAUACCGACCAAGCAGCCUGGAUCGGUUCCGAUAAUGCCAUUAAGUAUAACUGGACCUGUGAUGGAAUGCGUCAAUCACCCAUCAACAUCGUCACGUCGAACGCCGUGCAUGAUAGGGAUAUAGAUGAAGGUUUCGUCUUUGCAGAAGAUCUGGGAAACAACAUAGCGCAUGCUUACUACACCAAUAAAGGGCAUACAAUGCAAAUGACGGAUGCGGCCUAUGAAACCUCUUCUAUGACAAUAUCUGGGGCAGAUCUGCCUAAGGAUGACUAUGCCUUCUGGCAGUUCCACUUCCACUGGGGAACAGCCAAUGCACCAGGAGCGGAACACACGAUCAAUGGGAUGAGGUACCCCGCCGAGGUUCACUUCGUGUUCAAAAGCAAAUCUACGGAGUUAACUGAACCAGAUUCAUUGGCUGUUCUCGGGUUCUUCAUCGACACGUAUGAUGGCAGCAAUUUUGUGCAUGGAGGUCAGUGGAAGCAUAUCAUCGAUGCCAUUGCUGAUCUUUCAAGCACGGAGGGUGCUACCGAGUAUUUCAAUGACAGCCUGUCCAUUUCGGACCUGAUUCCGAUAUACCAGCCAGAUGUGAUCCAGAGAGUGUUCCACUAUGACGGGUCACUCACCAAUCCCCCCUGCUAUGAAGUUGUCAACUGGUAUGUCUUCGAACAACCCAUCUAUCUCAGCCGCGACCAGUAUGAUAAGUUCCUGGCAGUCAAGAACUCGCACGAUAGGCUGGCUAGGAGCACCUACAGGAUAAUUCAGCCACUCAACGGACGAACAGUGUACAAAACUGAAAUGGCAGGCGGCCGGUGGUUGAUCUCGGUCGGAGCACCAAUUGGCCGAUUGUCGAUCUCGGCGACUGCUGUGAUGCUUUUCGCCUGGCUCAUUUAAGCAAACGGAAAAAAAUGAUGGGUUUAUUUACUUAAACGGUACUUGAAUAAGGGUAAUUG